AAAGUAAUUUGUUUAAUCAUAAUUAUAAAUACAUUUAAUUCGUUCUCUGAUGGAACACCCCAACUCAAACAUAAUGCACUGGAUUUAGUAGUUACAGUAAAUGUUGAAACUAACAAAACUCAUGCAGACGAGGAGGAACGUCAAAGGAAGUUCAUGGACGGACUUGUUACGAAAUCUGAUAUUCAGGAUCUUAUAUCUGGACUUCAAUCUCUCAGAGCGGAGCAGAAACGACAGGGAACGCUGAUUGAAGGACUUUUUCAAUUGUAUAAACAAAAUUUGAAGUCCCAGCCAGGCAGUUGUACCGAUGCCAAGUCCACUGGGAUCCAUGAAAUACUUCUCCCCAAGUUUAGUAGUCAACCCUUUGAAGUAUCCUGCGAUGCGAAAACCCAAGGAGGAGGAUGGACAAUUAUCCUGAGGCGGAGGGAUGGAAGCGUGGACUUCAAUCGAAACUGGGCAGCAUACAAAGAGGGAUUCGGAGAUCUGAGUGGGGAGUUCUUCUUAGGACUGGAUAAGAUACACGCAUUGACAAAAGAGAGAAAUCAGGAAUUACUUGUGGUCCUGGAGGAUUUCAAGGGAUUUAAACAAUUUGAGUUAUAUAAGAGUUUUGCAAUCGGCGACGAGGAUCAACAAUAUGUUUUACACACUCUGGGCGAAGCGAGUGGAACUGCAGGUGAUUUACUAUCUGUUUAUCGUAGCAGGAAAUUCACCACCUAUGAUCGAGAUAAUGAUAAUGAAUCAUGGGUAAACUGCGCCAAAGCUUUCAGUGGCGGCUGGUGGGACGGUAAUUGUUUCAAUGGCCAUUUGACGGGGAAGUAUAACGAUAAGGGCAUUAGAUUUCUCAAUUUUAGAACUUAUGAACACUCAUUCAAAACUGCCGCCAUGAUGAUACGGCCUAACAAGUGAAAUCGAAGACUAGACAGUAACAAAAUCUUCUCCACGAGUAUAAUCCUAUGUAUUUUCCGUUUCCUCAAUCUAACAUAUAUUCUAAAUUGCUUAUUGGUACAUAAUUUUAAUAAAAAAUAAAUAUAUUUGUAAUCAUA